UUGUAGAGUUGGUCCGGUUGAUAGUAAAUGGUGUAUGUUCACGUUAUGAAAUCCAUAAUCGUAAUUGAAAUAUUACUGGAGUUGCUGUGUAUUUCGAUGGUUCCAUCCCACGAAGUUCAAGAUCGAAAAGCACUGGCGACUGAACAUGAAAUUUCGAUUCUUUUCGUGAUUUUAUCACAAAAUGCUGACUACGAUGCUCGUAGAACUUCGGUUUUGUUCGAUUCGCUGAAGAAACAAAUUUCAGAAAAUACAAAUUUGCAUGCCGAUAUUCUGAAAACGCAUGAAGAUUUACCGGUAGUGACUGGAGUCUGGGCAGUUUGGCCGAUGCUGAAAAGUUUAUCUCGAAAAUAUAAAGAAACAUCGUGGGAUUGGUUAUUUAUCUGUGAGCCAGAUACGAUGGUGAAUGUUAGCGCUUUGACCGAAUACCUGAAUUCUUUCGAUCGGAAUGUAGAUCAUGCAGUUGGACGAGGAUUAACUGAUAAAACGUACACAGUAAUUCAUCACUUUUUUAAGUAUGAAGACGAUGAGCAACAUUUCUUCUAUCCCGACUUUGCGGCUGGGCUAGCACUUUCGUGGACCUUACUCCGAGAUACUGAUGUCUUUGUUCGGGAAGGUUUCACUAUCGAUGCAAAUUACGAGCUUGCCAGACUAUUGAAAGAUAAACGUGGUGUCAGAUUAAACAACACCCUGUCUUUCUGUCUUCUGGAACACGAAUCGCAGUGUAUUACUCGAUAUGUACAACCGAACUUCCAGUGCAUGAAUAAAAUAACCAACAAUGAUGUCUGCUUUGCAAUCAAAACCUUCAGCGAAUUCCAUAAAUCACGUAUUGUAAUUGUGAAACGAACUUGGGCGAAAACAGCGAAAUUUGUAGAAUAUUUUAGCGACAUAGAAGAUCAUUAUGUACCAACUGUAAAGCUUGACAUCCAAAAUACAAAAAGAGGACACUGUGGAAAAACAUUUGGUAUACUUGGAUAUUAUUUGAAAAACGAUGAAAUGUUAAAAACAAGGUGGCUGGUGAUAACAGAUGACGAUACAUUGAUAAGUGUUCCAAGGCUAUAUGAACUUUUAUCUUGCUAUGACGCAGAGAAGGAAAUAAUUAUCGGUGAAAGAUAUGGCUAUGGUUUUAGUGCUGAUGGUCGUGAAGGAUAUGAUUAUCCUACUGGUGGUGCUGGGAUGAUAUUUUCGCGAAAAGCCGUGGAAAAGAUUACAACUUUCUGUGGUUGUCCGAGUACCGAUUCACCUGACGAUAUGAUUAUCGGAAUGUGUGCACGUCGUCUUGAUAUUCCCAUAAUUCACUCCGCAGCUUUUCAUCAGGCUCAACCAAACGAUUAUUCAGAGUUGUACCUCAAACGAAUACGGUCUAUAUCAUUUCAUAAGUUCACGGAUAUUGAUCCAUAUGAAGUUUACAUGGAACGCCUACAUGAAGCAUCUGCUCAAAUAGCUAGUCGCCCAGUACAUUCCGAGUUAUAAACAAGCAUGUGUACUUGUUGUAAGAAGUUGUAUAUAUGUGCA